GGAUCCUGUGGUCCAUAGACUGAGUCAGUCUCAAGUAAGUCAGUCAGGGGGGACGUCUAAGUGGUGAGGAGCGGAACCGUCACUUGGUUGCGUCUGUCGCCAUGGUAGACACGCGUACAGGAACGAGCACCUCCCCUUAUACAGCAGAGCAGGAUGCAAAGGCCGCCGCCGUCCUGAAAGAGAGAAGAGAGAAGAAGGAGGCCAAGAAGGAGGCCUUGAUAGAAGAACAGGCGGCGAAGUUGAAGAAGAUUGAGGAGGAGAUGGCCAGAGAAAAAGAGAGGUUAAAGAAAGAAGAAGAAGAGAAGCUCAAGGCAGUAGAAGAGGAGGAAGAGGCCGAUGAAACGCUCCUAGCGUUCCUCGACCGUCUCCAUCAGUAUUCGGAGACGACGGCAGCUGACCUACGCAAGUGGGAAGAAGAGGAAGCCGCCCACCAGCAGGAAAUAAAACGCCAGCAGGCAGAGGCAGCAGCAGCACGUCAGCAGGCCGCAGCAGAAGCUGCAGCAGCCGCACGGUUGCAACAGCAGCAGCUCGAGGCAGAUCAGAACCAGGCUCGUUACCAGGCCACGAUGGAUCUUGCUCGCGACGAAGCCACAUACGUCAGGCUACUUCGACAACAGCAUUUCCAGGAGACCGAAGAACAAGACCGGCCAACCGAGGAAGAAAAAGAUAAGGAAGGGACAGCAGUACUAAUGGAGACUCUGCUGUACACAUGCAAUUGGCAGCAACGUGAACUGCUCGCCACGCGGCAGGUCCUCAUCCGCCAUGAAACAACACUCAAGGCAAUGGACAAGAGGAUCGCGACCCUGCAGGCCGAGAACAGCUCACUACAUGCCGCCAACAGCCAGCAGCAGACACUCAACCACCAGUUGCAGGCAGAUGUCAGCAACGGGGUGGCACAGCUGUCAGCAGCUGCGUUAACGGGCAGUGCAGCGGUAGACUGCAGCCCAGCUUUGGCCGCACAGGCAAAGCAAUUGGAGGAGCGGGUCAAUUAUUUAGUCGCAUCCCUCGGCGACAUCAGCAAGUUUGCUGGAGCGUCAACAGUCAGCAAUCAGCUGCAGACGCUCAGCGACCGCGUUGACCAACGACCGGCCGCCGCCGCCAAGGAAUGGAAGAUGCCGAACUUCAAGAUCGAGAAGUUCAACGAGUAUCACAAGACUGAUCCGCUGCAAUGGUGGAUAGCCUUCAACGCAGAGGCGGAUGUACAUCAUACACCCGCCCAUCGGCGGCUUGAUGCACUUUACCUCCAACUCAUCGGAGGCGCGCAGGUCUUCAUGACGCAUAUGGCGGUCACAUUGGAAUGUACCAUCGCCACCCUCCACACCAAGAUCACGUGGGAGGAAUUCGAGAAGAAGUGGAAGACCCGGUUCAUGGUCAACAACGACAAGCGUCACACCAUGAACAAGAUCUUCCGCAUCUACCAAGGCCAGCAAACAUCACGGGAAUGGCUAACGGAGUGGCAAAGACUCGUGGCCACCCCGGAGUUGGGUUUACCAUUCGACGCAAUCCGGGCCGAAUUUUUCGCUCGGUCAUGCGACGCAUUGACAGCCGCUCUUGGUGCCGAAUUCCAAUACGAAACCUUUGAUGAUCUGAUCUCAAAGGCAAGAGACCUAAUUCAAGCGAUCAAGAACGCCGGCCCUCUCCCUCGGAUCGAUGAUCUUCUCGAGCGACUCGGCGGCGCCAAGUACUUCUCCAAGUUGGACCUCAAGUCCGGUUAUCACCAUAUCGAGAUUCAGCCAAGGGAUCGGUACAAGACCGCAUUCAAGACGCGGUAUGGGCACUUUGAGUGGAUCGUCAUGCCUUUCGGUCUCACCAAUGCCCCGGCUACUUUCCAAGCGGCUAUGACGACGGAAUUCCUCGACUUACUCGACCGCUCCGUACUCAUUUACCUCGAUGACAUCUUGGUUUAUAGUCGGUCGCUGGACGAGCAUCUGGAGCACCUUCGCGCCGUAUUGGAGCGGCUUCGUAUCGCCAAGUACAAGGCAAACAGCGACAAGUGCGAGUUUGCCCAGCAAGAGCUGGAGUACCUAGGCCAUUACGUCACGCCGCAAGGCAUUCGUCCGCUCGCGGACAAGAUACAAGCCAUUCAAGAUUGGCCGGACCUCAAGUGUACUACUGACGUCCGCUACUUUCUCGGCUUGGCAUCCUACUACAUCCACGGCGUUCCGGAAGACAUCGUCAGCGACCGCGACACUCGUUUCAUGUCGGCCUUUUGGACGGCACUCAUGGUGGAAUCCGGCGCCAGCAUGAAACCGAGUUCUGCACGACAUCCUCAAACGGAUGGGCAAACGGAACGUGCGCACCAGACGGCGCAGAUGAUGCUCCGCACACUUAUCCACCCGGAUCAGAAGGACUGGGUUGACCACCUUCCCGACAUCGAGUUCGCCUACAACACUUCGGUGCACCCAACGAUUGGCGUGACUCCAUUUGAGUUGCACCACGGUGGAUGGAAAGGACGUAUCUUCGCAGACAUUUUGCUUCCACGGGCUGCCGAUAUAGACGCCGCUUGCUCCCCCGCUUCUACACGGAAGUAUAGGGAACUGCUGGCCAAAGCCCGCGCAAACAUGCAAAAGGCUCAGGUCGCAGAUCUGAAAGAUAAGAUCUCUUGGGAAGAGUUAACAAGGCUAUGGAAGAAGCGGUUCAUUGUGGACGAGGCCCCGACGCUCGCCAUCAACCGCCUCUUCGCUAUGACGCAAGGCAACACAUCGACACACGACUGGCUCACAGAAUGGCAAAAGAUCACGGUGACGCCCGAUCUCGAAUUGCCAUUUUCGCAUCUGCGUCGGGAGUUCUACAACCGGUCAUGUGCCGCCUUGAGCCUUGCACUUGGUGAUCGCGAGCAAUACGCGACCUUCGCCGAAAUCAUUGACAAGGCAAGGGAGAUCAUCAAGACCAAUAGGGCGGCUGCACACGAGAAGUCGGCAUGGCAACCAACCUAUGUGGAGAAAGGAAAAUUUGGUCCGCGUCCGCAGCAUGUCGUUGCAGUCCACACGGACAACAUUGUGGAAGACCCGGCAGCCACCCAAGCAUCACGUGAGGGAGAUCAGGUAGCUGCUGUCCAGCCGCGAAGCAACAACAACUCCCGAGGAAAAGGGAAGGUGAAAACCGCAUCGCCAGCCGGAAACGGACAGCCAGCACCAUGGGUCAAGUUUCACUUGACCGAGGCCGAAUACAAGUGGCGCGCCAGCCGGAGUUUGGACGAGCAUGUAGAGCACCUGCGCACCGUUUUGGAGCGGCUACGACAAACCAAGUACAAAGCCAACCGCGACAAAUGCGAAUUCGCGCGGCAAGAGCCGGAGUACUUGGGACAUUAUGUGACGCUGCAAGGCAUCCGUCCGCUUGCGGACAAGAUCGAGGCCAUCCACGUAUGGCCCGAGCCCACCAACACCAUGGACGUUCGUUCAUUCAUGGGGUUGGCAGGCUACUAUCAACGCUUCAUCACCGGGUACUCAAGGAUUGCCGCACCUAUGACGAGAUUACAAUCGCCAAAUGUGCCAUUCGUAUUCGAUGACGAUGCACGCCGGUCAUUCCAAGCACUCAAGACGGCCACGUUCAUGGCACCCGUCCUUAGCAUCUACGCCCCCACCCUGCCAACGAGAGUGACAACCGAUGCUUCCGGCUAUGGCAUUGGGGCAGUCUUGGAACAACAUGACAGCGAUGACUGGCACCCCGUGGAGUAUUCCAGCCACAAAGUGCCUCCCAUCAAUUCACUUGAUGAUGCAAGGAAGAAGGAGCUGCUCGUGUUCGUGAUGGCUCUCAAGCGAUGGCGGCACUUCCUCCUUGGGCGUCGUAGGUUCACAUGGGUCACGGACGACAACCCAUUGACCUACUACAAGACGCAGGAUACGGAACCUGGCCUCUCCAUUGCCAUGGACGUCACCGGUCCGUUUCCCCGCGACCGGCUCGGGCACAACGGCAUCCUCACGGUCGUUGACCGUUUGAGUGAUGACAGGCAUGUGUACGAGGAGGUAAAACGUGCAUUCCUGAGAGACAGAUCAAAGGUUCAGAUCACACAGAUAUCCCCAUUUGGAGUAAUGGAGAUCACACGUAAAAGGGUCAGGCCGAGUGUGACUCACUCACUUAGUGAGUCCUGUCCCACAUGCUGGGGCUACGGGAGAAUAGAGAGUUUGGAAGCUGUGAUGGCACGAAUCGAGCGAGCAUUGCGGAGGUUGCUGCUUAUGAGCGACAGGGAUACCACUAGUGAGGACGACAGGAUCUUGCGAUCGGCUAGACACCCGAUAGCCCACGUGGCAUUAGGACUCGAGGGUGACAGGUUACCGUUCCGCCAACUUAGGGAGAGACAGCAGCAGCAGCGGAGAGCUUCGGCAGCAGAGGCCAGCAGGGCGUUUGCAAGCGAAGCCGCUGCUUCAACAGCCAUGGCAACUGCUGCGCAGCAGAGUUCCCAGGCCAGCAGUUCAGGGACCGUAGGGUCAACGGUUGCGCAGACCCUGAGUCAGUCCACUGGCGUUAUGGCAAGCCAGCCCAUAGUGUUGACUCCCGAUGAGGUCGCCAUACAGCAGGCAGCAUUGCAAGAGGCACAACUACAGAAGGCUCUAGGAGAGAUGAAGGCAGAGAAAGAAAGAAUGAUUAGAAGAAGAGCAAGGAUGCAGCGGAGACAAGCGGACGUUAGUGAGUUAGAGGGAAUGGACCUGACGCACAUGGAUGCUGAUGUGAGGACGUUGCGGACAGUUCUGCUAGGUGUAGUAGAAAUGCAGGACCACCACACGGCUCUCCUUCAGGACAUCCAACAGAGUCUGGCCGUUCUGGUCGGGCGAGUGCAGGCAGGUCCAUUGCCGUCCGGGCCCAGUGAGGCCAACAUCAACAUGCACGACUUUCGCUCGUUCAGCAAGAAGGCCCUAGACCUGGAGGCACCCACAAUGGAUGGUAGGAAAAAGUCAUUGCCUCCCAACUGGAAGGCGAAGGACCGCAUUAUGUUCGUCGACAACGAUGGUUCUACCAUCGAGUUGGAAGACGACUUCCGGGCGGGAGUGGGUUCAGAGGCAGGCAGCGUAGAGGCUUCAGGGGGUGGAGUAGUCGCUGCCUCAGUACGGAAAGGAGGGCUAAGGAGACCGCAGGUUAGGUGGGAACCGGCACCCGGAGCGGAACAGCGUGCCGAACACCACAGGGGACUAAGAAGAAGUGCGGUGCCGGCGGGGCUAGGUGCCGGGGACCACGCGGGACCAAGGGACGGCGUAGUAUCGGCAGGAAGGAGUGCCAGGAACCACGUGAGACCAAGGGAUAGACGUAGCGCAGGCGGGCCGAAGUGCCAGGGACCGCGUGGGCCCAGACAAAAUGGCGGCACCAGCGGAACCACUAGCAGGUCGGGUAUCGACGGAAUAAAAAUGUCAGGCCACGGACAGGGGCCGAAGGUCGGAAGCCGUCGGCAGGAUAGUGGCGACCAGCCCAAGAGGGGGACGCGCGAGAGCGGGUCGUCACCCGGGGUGAUGCCGGAUGAAGGGGAGGGGCUAGGAGAAAUAAGAAAAGGAGGAGAAGUCGGGCGCCGACGAGAAUUGUCGACAUAACGGAUCAGACGGGCGCGAGGCGGGAAAAACAGAGGGCACCUGGGGCAACCCAAGGGGAUCCUGGAUCAAAUGCAACGACAACAGAGAUAAAAUAGCAUGACGUCA